CCGACCUUCGCGUAGAGAGCACGCGACUUUUCCGCCAUUCGCCACACGCCAUGUGAGUGAAAACUCUCCCGGAAAACUCGGAAAAUUCGGAAAAUUCGGAAAAUUCGAAAAUGUCCGCAACUGACAGCAAGGAUCAAACCGGUCCUGGGACGGGGAAUUUUCCGAAACUGCCCCUGCACCAAAUCAACCCGAGUUAUACAGUUCGAGUAGUUUGCUGCGUGUUUUUCAUUUUUCUCACGGAAAUUUUCUUGGCCCACUAUAUCUAUAGGCUGAUAAAAUCAGAAAUACGGGAGGACUAUGUGGGGAAGAGCGGGUUCAAUAAUUUUUUUUUCAACGAGAUCAGGAGCCCUAAUUUCCGGGAGGAGAUCAGGAGGAUCCUGAAAGAUUUCGAUGUUGGUCAGCAGAAUCAUACGUUGAGUAGUUUGAGGCAAAAGAGGAGUGUGAAGCAUAGGUUACAGUACAAUUAUUUAGAAGCCCAGGCAGAAGAGCCACAAGUGGAGUUUUUCAACCCCAAGAUGAGGGGUAGCUUAGAGGAGAAAGACGAGGAGAUCAUGAGAAAAACGGGAAACAAGGGAGCCGCCCCAGGAGGAGAUUCUUGGAUAUGGGUGACCAGUUCCAGCAGAAUACCGGAAAAAGCAUUGGAAGGGUAUUGUCAGAAGGUCCAGGAAUUUUGUCCCAAAAUAUCCGGACCCCAAGGCCCACCUGGUCCCAAAGGUGAUAAUGGACAGCCUGGUAUGAGAGGGUUUCCUGGAAUUCCUGGAGAUAUGGGUAAUAGGGGAUUACAAGGCCAAAAGGGUGAUACCGGUAUCAAAGGCAAUUCUGGUCUUCGUGGACCCAGAGGGGACAAAGGUGAUAGGGGUCGUGAUGGAAAUAAUGGGACUCCAGGUUUGCCAGGAGAAAAGGGCGAACAGGGCCGGCCUGGCCUCGACGGCCGAGACGGCCUACCCGGAGAACCCGGACUCUACGGCCGACCCGGAAGAAACGGCUAUGACGGCGCCCCAGGGAAAGAUGGGGUUCCGGGAAGAGAUGGGAAUGAUGGCAUUAACGGUAUGAAAGGGGAGAGAGGGGCUCCUGGCCCAAUGGGACCACCAGGUCAAAGGGGACUCACUGGCCCCAGAGGUAGGCCAGGAAAACCUGGCACGCACGGCACUCCGGGAAUCCCCGGAAUCACCGCCUGGAAGAUCAUGGAUAAGCUCAAUGCGUCGAGGUUCCUCAUACCACCUUCCAUAGCAGGGUCCCAUUCGGGUCCCAUGGGUCCGUAUAUCGUUCGCGAGGGCGACCACGUCCGCCUGCCAUGUUCGGUCACCGGAGUUCCGACCCCUCAUGUCACGUGGCAGAGAAUGGACAACAGGGCAAUCAACAGGGGAGCUUGGCAAGAUCUCCAGGUGACUGGCCCUGCACUGAAUUUGACCCAGAUCAACCGGGAUCACAUGGGAACUUACAUGUGUAUAGCGGAUAAUGGAGUUCCGCCGCAGGCUAACCAGACGUUUUUAGUGGAAGUUCAUUUUCCUCCGCUCAUAAGGAUCUCUAACCAACUGGUGGGGGUGGCUAAUGGGUCGGCGGCAGUGCUUGAAUGCGAAACGGAAGCUUUUCCCGAACCCCUGAGAUACUGGGAACGUUCUGACGGAAGCCUGUUGGAAAACGGGGACAAAUACAGGAUCGACAACACUCUGGAAAGAAACGGAUACAGAUCGACAAUGCAGCUGAACAUAACUCGAGUGACGCAGUCUGAUCUCAACUACAGAUAUUACUGUAUCAGCAAAAACGAGUUACAGACCACAAGAGGCGAGUUCAAAAUGAACGAAAUUGACCCUAAGAUACCUCAAUCUUCCCGCAUCUAUGUCGAACGUGGUAAAGAAACCGUCUUCGGCGUCCUGCCUCCCGAUAAGGUCUCCCUCGAGGACCUAUGUGGACCCCCCAUCCAGUGUCCGGAGUGCGAUAAAGAUCCAGAGCCAAUCAAAUGUCCCCCUACUCCCAGCGGAGUGUCAUUGGUAGAUCUGAUUAGCAGAUGGGAAGUGAAGCCCUUCAACGAAAACGUUACAUAUGAAGGGUACCCGAACAGAUCGAAAGAUUGUGUGCUUUACGCAGUAGGGAAACCGGUUUACCUUCGAUCUUCAGUUGAAACCUACGGUUGCUGGAUGAGAGACGCUACUAUACCCAAUGACAAAGAACCUCAAAUCUGGCUGACGAAGGAGAGUGAACCUACAGUACUGUACCAGUAUAAGAAUAAAACUCUUUAUAGGAGAGAUAUUCCUGAAAAAAAAUACCAGCUAGACCACCCUUUCGACGGCAAUAAUCAAGUGAUAUACAAUGGCAGUUUUUUCUACAACGUCAAAGAUACCAGGAGGAUAAUAAAGUUCCAUCUUCAAAACCAGAGUACGGUAUCACUGGACCUUCCUUCAGGAAACCGCACCUCGAAGCUCUAUUCAGACCAACAUAACACAGUGGAUUUUUGUACAGACGACAACGGUCUUUGGGUGAUAUUCGCGGUUCCGGACUCCAAUAACACCGCUGUCAUGAAGGUGAACAUCGAUACGAUGAAGGCCCAGUACAUAUGGAACAUCAGCCUCGACCAUCACAAAGUAGGCGAGAUGUUCAUCGUGUGUGGUGUUUUGUAUGCUGUGGAUAGCGUCACAGACAGGAACAGCAAAAUCCGGUUCGCAUUCGAUUUGUACAAAAACAACCUGUUGGACGUUAAUUUGGCAUUCACGAACCCAUUCCGGAAAACUACCAUGUUGGGAUACAAUGCCAGGAAUCAAGAACUGUAUUCUUGGGAUAAGGGAAACCAAUUAACUUAUCCCGUCAGAUAUCACGACAUAGGCUAUAAUGUGACGUCAAAAGAAGAAAAACCUGAAUCAGCGGAUGGCCGAUAAUCCACAGGGAGUCACGAAGAAAUCGUUAUAAAUACAGGGCGAAUCAAUUCUCCAUUGCUUGACAGGUUGACAGCAGAUAUUUUUUUAGGUGGAAGUUCAUCUAAAGUUGGUACAUAGACAUUAGUCGGUGAUACAUUAUGUGUUUUACAUGUAGGAACGAAUUGUAUUGAUUUACUUAUUGUACAAAUAUGCAUAUGAACUGACUGAUGAUUCCUGUAGAUGUCGCUGUAGAUAAUGUCCCAGCGAGCACAAACAUCCCUGGGAUGUUUUGGGAUGUUCUGAAAAUGUUUGCAUUAAGAACAUGACAUCCCCAGUACGUCCAUUUAGGACCAUGAAUACCUGAAUCAACGUAAAUUCGACUUUUUCUUCUCAGAUAGUUAAAAAAGUGAUCUAGACAGACUAGAAAGAAUCUUAAUAACAAAAUUUGAAAACAUGCGCUCUCACCGGGGAUCGAUCCCAGGACCUUCAGAUUUACGAGCAGAUGCUCUAUACCUAUUAUUCAACAGAAUCCUUAAUAAUAUAUCAGCAUAGAUGUCGAUUGACCCUUCACAUUGAUGCUUUCAUAGAAUUAAAUGAUCACGGCAGAUAAUACCGAAAUAGAUGUUUUGUGAUUAGAUACGGCCAGUAAGAAAUGAACUGUGAGAAUUGUAUUAUGUUCAUGUUCGCAAGGUUCCUACAUGAAUAGAUAUCAGAGAUCGAGGGUAGAAAUCACAUGCAAUGAUUCCAAUUAUCAUUAUACAAUUUAUUCAAUCCCGUUCAAAAAAAGUCGAUAGCCUCCAGAGUUGGACGUACAUCAGUACAUCGGAAUCGUACGUGUUAAGUACGUUCAGACGUAAAUCGGACCUGAAAUGGACGUCCCCAGAACGUCGAGUGCUAUAUUGGAUUGGCUAUUGUAUGAAAGUUCUAUUCAUGUGUGGACAGGACAUCGCAGUGAAGGUUGAAUGUCUCGACAUCUCGUACUUUAAACAUCUCUGAGAUGUUUUGUGCUCGCUGGAAAAGUAACUAUUUCUCAUCUCCACCUACAUCUUGUGCAACAAGAACAAGUUAAUUAGAUCAUUUAUUUAAUCUUUCAACAGCGCCACUGGAAUUCGUAUCUGUCGAAUAAUUACUCAUUAUCCUGGUACAAAACUUGACUCGUCCUGCAUAUUUUGUCAGGAUAAAGGGAUACCCAACAGAAGGUUAAUGAAUGAACAGCAGUGUCUUCAAGCCUUUUUGUUGGAUUUUGGUCAUUCCGAUGAAGAUCCACUCCUGUUCCAAACUCUGUUUAAAAUGAAUAUCAAUCAAUGGCAAAUAAAUGCAGCUCCUGUCUUGUCACUUUUUGGAUCCACAGUACACAAUCGAAAAACACACUGCACACACGAUCAGAGAUCAGAUAAGACAGCUUGAGCUUCUAUUUUCUAGAGGGCACCACAUCGGCCAUGUUUCAAGGUUGGUAGAAUUGAUGAUUUCAGAUUCAUGGGUAUCUAUGUUCUACAACUGUUUUCAAGUAUAUUUACCUAUAAAGUUGUGAUAUAGAAUUAUACAUACAUUUCUAUGAUCCCAACAUAAAAAUUUGGAUGCGAUUACGUCAAUAAUAACCAUUUCCCCCUCAUCGCAUUCUCUGAUCGAGGCAACCUUCCCCUAAACAUGAAUCAUCAGUUCUCCCAACCUUGCCAUCUCUCAUCAUUAUCAUAUUAUUAUUUACAUGGUAGACAGGAGCGGUCUCAGGGGUUCAGAACCGGUUGCAAAAGCAAUUGAAAUGAUCAAUCUGUUUGUGACUAGGCAAUGCAUGCUUCAGAUGAAAUUUAUUACGUUGAUUUCUCUAAACAUCAGUAUUCCGUUGAUUGGGGGUGAUCCGUAGAUUACCUACAUAUUUUAUGAUUCGAGUUUUAUCGCUCGUCCUUGAAUCUGAGGAGAAAAAGAUUAAUGUUGCCAAGAUCUGGAAACAUAUCUGGUAAGUCAUCCACUGAACUGAACACAGUGAAUUUGUCUAACCAUAAUGUCAGAUAAUUCAUUGACACAUACUGAACCAAAUAAUCAAAACAUGAGCAGAUCGAAAUGCAUAAUUAUACCAAGAUAUCAAAGAUGAUUAUAGGUGACCAUGAUAACUGCAUGGAUUCUUCUAUAUCAUCAUUUCAAACUAUACUGUCAAAAUUUGUCUAAUAAUUAUAUUAUGUCAUCUGGGGCAAUAUCAUUUUUGUGUACCUACAAUUCCAUUUGAGAAGUGCUCAUAUUCAAAUUAUUAACGUAUAGCAAGAUAAUUUUGUGAUAUAUCGGUAUAAUUAUAUUGCUGCAUAUAGAUAUAGAUAGACUUAGUAUAAGUUUAUAUAUAGUAUACUAUAAUGUAGUUUCCUUUGUAUUAACUUAACAAUAAAGUGAUUGUAUUUUCUA